AUGGCUUCAAAUCCACCGGGCGAAUGCUGUACUAAAUUCGAACUUCAUGAGGGAACACCUGUGGGGAAAAAUAAAACUCUUUUUGGUGUUGAUACCUAUCAAGUGGGGCAGGAGAAUGGCACUGAUAGAGUUCUUGUGAUUUUUACAGAUAUUUACGGAAAAGAUGUUACAAAUCCGCUAUUGAUUGCUGAUCAGUUCGCCAAAUCUGGGAACUAUAAUGUACUUAUUCCAGAUAUAUUAGAGAAAGAUCCAUAUGAUCCAAAUGCUGGCAUUGAAUUGAAUCAAUGGCUCGCAAAGCACCCGGCUGAUAAGAUCAAGCCUUUCUUAAAGAAAUAUCUUGCUACUUUGCGUAAAGAAUGGCUGCCAAAAUUUGUGGCUGGAGUAGGCUACUGCUUCGGAGGAAAGUUCGUAGUCAGUGAGAUGGAUCAUGAAGGUAGCUUAGAUGCUGGUGCCAUCGCUCAUCCUUCUUUUGUGACAAUAGACGAAGUCAAAGCCUUGGAAAAACCAAUCUUGAUUUCAGCUGCUGAGAUCGACUCGAUCUUUACGACGGAGCUCAGACACCAAACUGAAGCUGAAUUGAUCAAAUUAUCAGAGUCCAAGGGCCUUCGUUUUCAAAUUGACUUGUUCUCUGGUGUCUCUCACGGCUUUUCCUUGAAAGCAGACUUGAAAAAUCCUGCAGUUAAAUAUGCCAAAGAGAAGGUAUUUUGUGACCAGUUGGCUUUUUUUAAACAGUUUUAG